AUGCUGAUAUAUGUACAUACUGUCUCUGGAAGAAAACAUCAAUUAGAAGUUGAACCGAGCAUCACAAUAGCAGCAAUUAAAGAAGAACUACUUCAAAGAGAAGGUAUUUCAAUAGAGCAGCAGCGUUUAUUAUUUAGAGGUCAAAAUCUUACAGACAAUCAAACUGUUGAAACAGCCCACAUAUCUGCUGGUGAAGUUUUACACAUGGUUUUAGCUCUUCGUGCAGGCUAA